GUCGGAAUCAGCGCGCGAAGCGGAUCGCCUUGCGGUUGCGGUCGUGCGUAUUGUCUACGAUACUAUUCAAUAUUCGGUUGUUACGUGAGAUGUCGAAGGACGGUUCGAGGUUCAGCCGGCUGGGCGUGCUGGCACCGGCGGCGCUGUCCGCCUGCAUGGACGCAUCGGUGCUGGCAGUGCCGGCCGCCGGAGCCAUCGUCUCCACCGUACUCAAAGAACUGAGCAAAGCUUUUAUGCUGAAAAAGUGGUUUCACGGCAUCAUGUCGGCGAAAGAGGCGGAAAGCCUGAUCAUGGAGAAGGGCAAGAACGGGUCGUUCCUGGUGCGCGAGUCACAGGCGCACCCCGGCGAGUUCGUGCUGUCGGUGCGCGUGCGCGGCCGAGUGUGCCACGUCAUGAUACGGAAACAGCACAACAAGUACGACGUGGGCAGCGGCGAGCAGUUCGACGACCUGGUGGGUCUGAUCGAGCACUUCCGGUCCUAUCCCAUGAUCGAGACGUCGGGCGAUGUGCUGCGACUGCUGCAGCCGGUCAGCGGGACGCGCCUCCGCACGUAUGACCUGGAGAAAAAACUAAACGAGAUGCAGGAAAUUGAUGGCAGCCAGAAGAUGGACAACAAGGCUGGUUUCGACAGCGAGUUCUUCACACUCAAGAUGCUAGAGGAAAGGCACGUUUUCACCACCAUCGAGGGCCAGAAACCCGAGAACGUGAACAAGAACAGAUACAGAAACAUAUUACCGUAUGAUCAAACGCGUGUGAUACUUCGUCAGCGGGACAAGGAGGAGUCGGACUAUAUAAAUGCCAAUUACAUCCGAACCUCGAGACUGUACGACUCGAGCAGCUCCGUGCAGUCGUCCAACGAAAGUUUGAACAGUGUGCAUUCCCUAGUCCUUCGUAGUGAAUCAAAGAAAAUAGCUCCUUUGGUGACCAAAUCUCUUUCCGAUGAUGCACUCCGGGAGGUGAAGAAAAGCAUCAAAAUGGACAAAAUCAACGGCAACAUAGUAAGUGACGUAGUAAAAGACAAAAUAUAUAUCGCCGCACAAGGCUGUCUUUCGAAUACAAAGGAUGAUUUCUGGCGGAUGAUAUGGCAAGAAGAUGUAAGAAUAAUUGUCAUGAUCACAAAUGAAAUGGAAAAAGGGAAGAAAAAAUGCGAGCGUUACUGGCCACACGUGACUCAGGAGGAGAGGUCCCGAGGGUUGGUAGUGCGGACCGUCUCGGAGACCUACUACGAGGACUACUUCCUCCGCGAGCUGGACGUUACCUACCAGGACUGUUGCCGGACCGUGUACCAGUACCAGUUCACGGCAUGGCCUGAUCAUGGAACACCGGCGGAACCAGAUGGCGUCCUCAAUUUCAUAUACGAUAUCAACAGAAGAAAUACACAAAUAAAGCUUGAUAAAAAUCCACCAGAACAGAAUGUUGUCUGCGUGCAUUGCUCCGCGGGUGUGGGUCGAACUGGUACAUUUAUCGUCCUCGACAUGCUUAUUGACAAGAUCAAAACAUCUGGCUUCAACUGUGACAUAGAUGUGCACGAGGCGGUGAAGGUAGUGCGUGCGCAGCGCGGCGGCAUGGUGCAGAACAAGGAGCAGUACCGGUUCCUGUACCUCGCGCUGCAGCAGUACGUCGAGAACAAUAACCUCAUGCUCAGGAAAAAGGUAUAUACGUCGGAUGCUUGAUAAACCUUCGCGCCGGCUAACCAAAGUGCAUUAUGAGACUGGAUUUAUCUUAACCUCAAAGUUUUAGUACUGAUGUCACUGUUGAUGAUGCAGUUGUACCUACUUUAUUUAAUGUAAGUCACAUUAAGUGACUUUAGUAACAUAAGAAUAUUUUUAAAAUUUAAGUUAUGUUCCACUCAAUAUUGUCUUCUGUAACCCAGGGUCAUAUAAUAUUUUACCGUCAUUCCGUAUUCUAUGAAGUACUUAAAUUAGAUUAAGAGAAUAAAUAAACAAAAA